AUGCCUGAACUGAACUAUUCACAAGAUCCUUCGCGUCCCGAACUUUCGGAACUUAUUGUACUCAAAGAUGCGCCUUUCAAUGCGGAAGCCCGUCAAACCGACCUUGUCAAGAACUAUAUCACACCAUUACCGUAUUUCUUUUGCCGAUCACACGGCCCCAUUCCUGAUUUAAACGAUACGCAUUCCAUCACCAUCAAGGGUUUGGGUGUAAGAAAUCGAGAGUGUCACUACACAGUAAAAGAUCUCAAAGAAAAGUUCAAGAAACAUCAUGUUAUGAUGGUCAUGCAGUGCGCGGGGAACCGUCGAGACGGACUUCAUCGGGUCAAGGAUACAAAAGGCGUCAUUUGGGGAGCAGGUGCCAUUGGCAAUGCUGUUUAUGGCGGAUGCCGACUCAAGGACGUGUUGGAGAGUGCCGGUAUCGACACGAAACUGUGCAACAUUGGUCAACUUCAUGUAGCGUUUGAAUCCGUCGAACAGUGCGAAGAGGACAAGUGUUAUGGAUCAUCCAUCCCAUUGUCAAAAGCACUGGAUGAAUUUGGAGACGUUUUACUGGCAUAUGAGAUGAAUCAUGAACCGUUGACGCGUGAUCAUGGCCACCCUAUUCGUGUGGUGGUGCCAGGUUACAUUGGAGCGAGAUCCGUCAAGUUUUUGAAAACAAUCACUAUUCAGGACGAUGAGUCUACUUCAUAUUUCCAACGCCUAGAUUACAAGAUAUUACCGGAACAUGUAGAGAACGAUGAACAAGCGUCUAAAUACUGGGGCAAGAUACCGUCGAUUGGAGAAUACAAUGUACAGUCGUAUGUGUGUUCUCCACCGGAUGGACAAAACAAAGAAGCCGCACAAAACGUCCAAGUACAGGGCUACGCAGUGUCAGGAGGCGGGCGAGCCAUUCAGCGCGUUGAUGUAUCAGGUGACGAUGGCAAAACGUGGGUAGAAGCCCAGCUGUAUCAGCCAUCCGCGGAAAAGAAAGAAUCCGUUCACACCUGGGGAUGGUGUCUGUGGCGAGCGACCAUCAACACCAAACGUCGCACGCGUAUUGUCAGUCGAGCAGUCGAUACAGCAGGCAAUAUACAACAGGAAUAUCCCGUAUGGAAUUACAGAGGUGUGCUAAACAACUCUUGGCGCACCGUAGAAAAAGAACAAAAUUCCGUCCUGUAG